UUUUAUUUAGACACACAACACACCCGUGCAUUGGGCGGCGACACAGGACACACACACACACGCAUGCUGGAGAUGUCGGCGGGGGAAUUUGUCAAUCCUAACAGUACACGGUCAGAUUGUGAGGAAAACAACCACACCGAAUCAAACAAAUCUUCAGGAGGAAUGGAAAGCCCAGAUUCAAGCGAUGGCUCAAACUCUGAUGGCCGCCCAAAUAUGUCAGACACAGACUGUAUGGAGGAUUCCACUGGCAGCCCUUCAAAUGCUGGAUCCCUUCUGCGGAUUGUGCUGCUGGGUAAAAGAGGUGAGGGGAAAAGUGCCUCUGGGAAUACCAUCCUGGGCAUCAAGAAGUUCGUCGAGGACGCCUCACCUGAUUCAGUGACAAGGGAGUGUAAGAAAUACAAAGCCAAAGUGUCAGGAAGAGAGGUAGAUGUGGUCGACACCCCCGGACUCUUCAACUCAUUGUUCACCAAGGAACAGAUGGAAAAGGAGAUGGAGAAGUUCGUGUCCUUGACCGUACCCGGACCCCACGUCUUCCUGCUGGUGAUUAGGCUGGGUGUGAGAUUCACCGAAGAGGAACGCAACAACAUGAAGUGGAUUCAGGAAACCUUCUCCAAGUUGGCUCUGAAAUACUCCAUGGUUCUUUUCACUGGUGGGGACUCUAUCGAUAUACCAGUGGAUGAUUAUAUAGAGAAAAGCCCAGAGCUUAAACAGCUAAUUGGAGAGUGUGGGGACAGAUACCACGUCUUUGACAACAAGAAGAGAGACCGCACACAGGUGACCCUUCUGCUGGCCAAGAUUGAUAAGAUGGUAGCGGCCAAUGGUGGACAGCACUACACCAAUCAUAUGUACAAGGAGGCCCAGAGAAAGAUUGAAGAGGAGAAAGAGAGGAAGAGGAUGGAGGCAGAGAGAAAGAUUGAAGAGGAGGGACAGAGGGAGAGGGAGAGGAAGAUAUUGGAGUUGGAGUGGAAGGGAGAGUGUGAGAGGAAGAUGAUGGCGAAACGUCAGAAAGCUGCAAACAAAAGAAAAGAGGAACAGAGAAAGAGAGAGAUGGCCUUGAAAGAGAAGCGGGAUAAUCAAGAGGAAAAUAGCCCUGAGGAAGACAUGAAGGGGAUUGAGGAAGAAGGCAGACAGAGGGUGGAGAAAAAACUACUUAUGCUCUCAUCUUUGUUUGGCAAGUUCUUAACCUGA